AUGGGUGUCCUUCAAUCAAGCUCUAAAUUCCAAAUGCUAACAAAUUUCCUUGUUUACCCCGCGAGGUCCUUGAAAACAUUGCAUGCAUAUCAUACACAUCAUUGCAUCACAGGUAUCCCUUUUGCAGGUCACUCACCUUUCCCGCUGUUUAUUUCAGCCAUGGCUUCCCAACAAGACAAUCAGGACUUUCUUGCUCAAGAGACCCGGUUCGGGAAAAUCCUCCUGAAUCUAUCCAAGGGGCAGGAAGAGCUAAGGACACUUAUCAUGGAGACUUUUGUCAGGAACAGUGCUGAGGAUGAAAGGCUAGAACACCUACAAGCUGAGGUGGAUGCAUUGAAAGCCCAAAUGCUUGGGCAGAGGAAUGCCAUUCAAGGUUUAGCUCAAAGACAAGAUGAGCUCGGGGUUCUCAUCAACAAACUGCUUCAGGGCAACCAACUGGGGCAAACAUCUAAGGGUAAAAAGCCAAUCAUCGUUCCACCACCUUUGAGACAAAGAGGCAAGGAGAAAGCUCCUCAUAUGGCUCCAGUAUCACCAAUUCAGCAGCAACUUCACCAACUUCAGACAGACAAGCCCAGGAGGCAGUUCACCCCGCUCAAUAUGUCGCCGUUUCAAGCUUUACAACGCCUGUUGAGAUUGAACCUGAUCACAUUAAGGGAUCAUCCCCAGAACCCCAACACAGCACAUCCUGCUUACGAUCCCAAUAAAAGGUGUGCCUACCACUCUACCUGUCCAGGACAUAAUGCAAACGAGUGUUGGGCUUUGAAAAACAAGAUCCAGGACCUGAUUGAUGAAGGAGCACUGGAAUUCACACAAGAUGGUCAGGCUGAAUUUUUCUACCAUCCCUCCAAGGCUCACCAUUUGAAGUGA